AUGGCCCCUUCUACCUUGACGGCUUUGGUAGGGGAGAAGACGCUUCAAUCGAGCUUCGUUAGAGAUGAAGACGAGCGUCCGAAGGUAGCAUACAACCAGUUCAGUAAUGAAAUUCCUGUGAUUUCUUUGGCAGGGAUCGAUGAAUCUGACGGGAGAAGGGCUGAGAUCUGCAAGAAGAUCGUCGAUGCUUGCGAAGAUUGGGGUGUCUUCCAGGUUGUUGAUCAUGGCGUCGAUGUUAGCCUUGUUUCUGAGAUGACUCGCCUCGCUCGCGAGUUCUUCGCUCUCCCUCCUGAGGAGAAGCUCCGGUUUGACAUGUCUGGUGGCAAGAAGGGUGGUUUCAUCGUCUCCAGUCACCUCCAGGGAGAGGCAGUCCAGGACUGGCGUGAGAUCGUGACCUACUUCUCAUACCCAAUUCGGACUCGUGACUACUCAAGGUGGCCGGACAAGCCCGAGGGAUGGAGGGCAGUGACCCAAAACUACAGCGAAAAGCUCAUGGGGCUGGCCUGCAAGCUGCUGGAGGUGCUCUCCGAAGCUAUGGGACUCGAAAAGGAAGCCCUCACCAAGGCCUGCGUCGACAUGGACCAGAAAGUUGUGGUCAACUUUUACCCCAAGUGCCCACAGCCCGACCUCACCCUCGGCCUUAAGCGUCACACCGACCCUGGCACCAUCACCCUCCUCCUCCAGGACCAGGUGGGUGGACUCCAGGCCACGAGGGAUGGCGGCAAGACUUGGAUUACUGUUCAGCCAGUUGAGGGUGCCUUCGUCGUUAACCUCGGCGACCAUGGUCACUACUUGAGCAAUGGGAGGUUCAAGAACGCGGAUCACCAGGCGGUGGUGAACUCCAACUGCAGCAGGCUGUCGAUUGCCACGUUCCAGAACCCAGCCCCUGAGGCGAUCGUGUACCCACUGAAGGUCAGGGAAGGGGAGAAGCCCGUGCUGGAGGAACCCAUCACUUUUGCAGAGAUGUACCGCAGGAAGAUGAGCAAGGAUCUGGAGCUGGCCAGGCUCAAGAAGUUGGCCAAGGAGCAACAAGUGCAGGAAGUAGAGAAGGCCAAGCUGGAGAGCAAACCCAUCGACAAGAUUUUUGCCUGAAUUUCUGUACUACCAUGGUGUAA